AUGGAGUUCUUACUAGGAAAUCCGUACAGCACUCCCGUUGGCCAAUGUAUAGAGAGGGCCACAGACGGAGGCCUACAGAAUGAGGACUGGACCCUCAACAUGGAAAUCUGUGAUAUCAUAAACGAGACAGACGAGGGGCCAAAAGACGCCAUGCGGGCACUGAAGAAGAGACUCUGUGGCAACAAGAACUACAGAGAAGUGAUGCUGGCGCUAACGGUAUUGGAGACAUGUGUGAAAAACUGUGGUCACAGGUUUCAUAUCCAGGUGGCCAACCGAGAUUUCAUCGAUGGUGUGUUGGUCAAAAUCAUCUCCCCCAAAACCAAUCCUCCAACCAUCGUUCAAGACAAAGUGCUGUCGCUCAUACAGGCCUGGGCUGAUGCCUUCAGGAGUAGCCCCGAUUUAACUGGUGUGGUCCAUAUUUAUGAGGAACUGAAGAGGAAAGGCAUCGAGUUCCCAAUGGCAGAUCUGGAUGCAUUGUCUCCCAUCCACACACCACAGAGGGGUACACCAGAGGUGGACCCAGCUAUGAACAAGUACCUAGCCCCGUCCUCACCUGCUGUCGGGACUCCAAAACCUUCCCCGACCCCUGCCUCUGCCACACCGGCCUCCAACAUGCCCAGCCCCAUCACAGCAACCCCUGAACAGAUCGCUCGGCUGCGCAGCGAGCUGGACGUAGUGAGAGGAAACACCAAAGUCAUGUCAGAGAUGCUAACAGAGAUGGUCCCCGGGCAGGAAGACGCCUCUGACCUGGAACUACUUCAGGAGCUGAACAGAACAUGCAGGUCUAUGCAGCAGAGAGUGGUCGAGCUGAUUUCACGAGUUUCUAACGAAGAAGUGACCGAGGAGCUGCUACAUGUCAAUGAUGACCUCAACAACAUUUUCCUCCGAUAUGAGAGGUACGAGAGGUACAGGUCGGGUAGAGCCGCUCAGAACAACGGGAUGUUGAAUGAGGCCACAGAGGACAACCUGAUAGACCUGGGCCCGGGCUCCCCAGCUGUGGUCACACCCAGGAUCACCUCCAGCCCUCCUGCCCACUCCCCUGCCGGGGCCACCGCCUCCCCAGCUCAUAACCCCACUACAGCCGCGCUGUCAUCUGCGCUCGCAAGUAUUGAUGUAGCCUCCGACAGCGUGAGCGGCACCCUGUCCUCACUUCCAGGACCCAACCAGGAUGAUUUCGACAUGUUUGCCCAGACCAGGAGCAGCUCUCUGGCUGACCAGCGCAAGAAUGUAAAGUAUGAGGACCCUCAGGCUCUGGGCGGCCUGGCCUCGGCUUUGGAUGUGAGACAACAGAACACAGGAGGGCUGAGGGUAAAAGGGGAUGAUAACCCAGCAGAUCAGGAGCUGCCCAUAGACAGCUGGCUUAUUACCCAAGGAAUGAUCCCCGUAUCGCAGUCCUCUGUCAUGGAUGACAUAGAGGAGUGGCUCUGUGCUGACGUGAAAGGGGAUGCUGCUGAGGAAGGGGUGACCAGUGAAGAAUUUGAUAAGUUCCUGGAGGAGCGAGCAAAGGCAUCAGACUCUCUGCCAUCUCCCCCUGGAGCUAACCCCGCUCACCCUGCUCGUGCCCCCGGUGGCUCCCACAAGAAGGCUGAGCGGACGGAGGAUGCCCUCUUUGCCUUGUAGACUGUUCUCAGAGAACCUCAAUCUCUCUUCAGGGGCAUCUAAAGGUCCUCGCCCUAAAUGAUUCCUCCCAAACAGUCCCUCCAGUCCCAUUUCAUCGCUGACUGGCAGUGGUGUAGCAAGUGUUCUCCACCUCCUUGUCAUUCUCGUCGCACAGUGUUGCUUUAACAUGCAGAGGUCCAACAUGUUUACUGCGCACAACUGUGUUGCAUUUUACUAAAUAUGGAUGUAUUAAUCUGUCGGUGUGGGAUGUACUCCUCAAAGCCCCGAAUCUCAUUUGUAACACUCCACCAAAGGAAGACAACCGAACUUGUCGGAUGGGGUUUAAAAAUGUAGUAUAUUACUGCGAGAAUAUUGGAAAAAAGUUCACUGCAGGUCUGUGCAUUGAGUCAGUAUGGAGGCGUACAAUUAGGAUUAUAUUGUGUUGUGUUACUGCAUUCAGCUAAUUGCUCAUUUAUGCAUUUAUUAUUUUAAUGGUUUGUUCUGUACUAUGCACUAGUGCUGUGGGUAUGGUCGAUCCAUGCUUUUUUUUCUCCACAAAUACUCCAGUUCGACUUCUAUUCAUGCUUUUAAUACUGAGAUAUGUGUGGAAUGGCAACAGGUUUUAUGACCCACUUUGCCUGAGGCAGUGCAGACUCAUGUUAGCAGGCUAAUUUUGCUGACUAGGAAUAUAAUAGCUAAAUCAUAGCUAAUCUUUAUGAGUGAAUGCAAGCAUUCCUUUAACCAAAGGGACUAAAAACAAUCUAAAAAAGCACCAGGUAGGAUUCUCUGUUAUGUAGUUUAAAAGGCGAAGGGGAAGGAACGUGCCCAUGGAAAAUUUCUCAUCAGUCUUUCCUGGAGAGCUGCGACAAAUAAGCUGCUCUUGAACAAUUGCAAACUCUUAUAGCCAUUCCAAAGAAUAUUAAGGCUUUAAUGACAAACUAGAGAUAAGAUUUUACUUGCCGAAUAAUAAUAUUAUUAUAAAUUUUAAAUGAAUAGUCUGGAUUUUUUUUUAAGUGGGGUUGUAUGUUGUUGUAUAGUCAGUGUAAUUUGGAGAACCAGGCUGGAAUCUGACAUGGAAGUUAAGCGAUGUGCUGUGGAUGGGGAACGGCAACAAAAAAAUUUAUUUUACAGGGCUCCCACGGUCAUGGAAAGCCUGGAAAAGCCAUGGAAUUUUACAGUAUCAUUUUUCCAUGCCUCCUUUUCCGUGAUUUGAUUUGAUUUAUUUGGAACAUGUAAAAAAGGAAAUAGUGAAGUUAUUAUAUAAAAGCAGACAGACAAAAAAAGUAAUAUUUACAGAUUUAGAAUUAGACUAGAAGUAGUAAUAAUCAUCAAAAGUUUUGGAAAAGUCGUUGAAUUCUGUCCUGUGUAAACAAAUGAAUUGUUACGGUAAUCUUUUGUUGAUAACCUUCCACGUGAAAUUACAAAGCUUAAAAAGCGUAUGCCUACAUUCUUAUGUUGCAACGCUGUUUUUCACAAUAUUAUCCAGAAAUGAAUUUAUAAUCAAAUGCAUUAAGAAUACAAUGAUAGUAAUUUCCUUUUUCCCUCAUGCUUGAAAGCCAGUACCAGACUGAUAAACUGAAAGUGCUUGUAUGCCAGUGCCUCUGCAGAUUUAAUUAUUUGAAACUGAUAUGAACAUAAUCACCUAUUAGAGAUUGCAAAAAGGUUGCUGAUUCAUUUUAAUGCAAUGAUUGAUACUUGGAGCCAAGUAUACUAUAUAGUUCUGUUCAGGUUGUACUUUGUUAAUGGUCUCGGAAAUUUUAUCAUGGGUCCUUGAGAAGUCAUGGAAAUGUUUUAAAAUGUUGCCCGUGAAAAUGUGUGGGAACCCUGAUAUUAGCCACCUAAAAUAAUAAAGUCCCACCGACUAAAAAAAGUAGUAUCAGUUUAAAUGUAUGCUAUAUUGAGAGUAUUUUUACCACUUUAACUUUCCGUCAGACAGCCUGUUCUGAUGGGGAAGCUGUUAACAGCUUCAGUUCCCCAUCUACACCCUCGUCAAAGCCACCAGACAUUGACAUAAACACUGAUUUUAGCACACUGACAACAGGAGCUGCUGGUCUACAGCUACGUCAGUCAGGUAGUUUGUGUUAAGUUGGGACUUUGGUGUUUAAAAGGGUUAGUUCGAAUUCACCAAAGUCACACAACAACACGAACAAAAUAAGUGUUUGAG